CACAGCUUAUUUCAAAAUUGCAACAACUCGCAUGCAAAGCAGGAACUGCAAAGACUCUAUAAAUCAUUUUACUCGUGGCUGCAGCCAGAAAAACACAGCAAGGAUGAAAUUAUUUUUCAAGUGGUCCUGGAACAAUUUAUGAUCAACAGGCACUGCAGUGAUUGGUCGACUUUGAAAAAGAAAUGGGAAUCCAGUGGCAGAAACUUGGAGAAAUUCAUGGAGGAUCUGAGUGAUAGUUCUGUGAAGCCACCUGACUUAGUCCACGUCCACAUGCAGGGACAGGAAGCCCUCUUUUCUGAGAAUAUGCCCUUAAAAGAAGUCAUUGUCCAUCUAACAAAACAGCUGUCAAUAGGAUCCCCAGCAAGGACAAAUAUGGGGACGCUCUCCUGGACUCCCCAAGAUACUUCCUUGGAAACAGGACAAGGAGAUAAAGAAAAUGGUGACAACAUUUAUCACAUGAAUGACAGUAUUACUAGUCAAGGCAAUGAAAUACCUUCCCUGCUCAUUAUCCAGGAAGAGGACUGUCCUAGGCCUGAAGAGGACAGUGUUUCUUUGAAGAAUCCGCUCAGCUCUGGAAGAGCAGGUCUAGGCACAUCCAGGUCCCAGGAACGGUCCCUGAAAGGACCCCCAUAUCAAGAUGUCCUUGGGGAGGGGGGGCCAGGGUUUCUCUCUCAGUCAAUCCAGGUCACCCCUGAGCCUGUUCCUACCCACCAGAGAACUGAGGGGAACCCCACAUGUGGGAGACACCAAGGAAGAUGCCAUGAAGCCCAAAACUCAUACAGAUGUGAAAAGUGUCCCAAGAGCUUUAGGUAUUUCUCUCAGCUAAAAACCCAUCAGAGAAGACACAAUAACGAGAGGACAUUUACUUGUGCUGAGUGUAACAAAGGCUUCUUCCAAGCAUCAGACCUACACGUGCAUCAGAAGAUUCAUGCAGAAGAGAAGCCUUUCACGUGCAGCACGUGUGAAAAAUCCUUCAGCCACAAAACCAACCUUCUGGCACAUGAGAGAAUCCACACAGGAGAGAAGCCCUAUGAAUGUUCCCUCUGCCAUAGAAGCUACCGCCAGUCGUCUACCUACCACCGCCACCUGAGGACUCACCAGAAAAUUGCCUUCAGAGGUGUUCCCUCCACACCAGAAGCUUCCUCGCGUGCAGCCCCAAUGGAGUGAUACAUGAAUAUCAAUGCAAAUAUGUGUAUUUCCGUAGUACUUCCCUAUUUAGAACAUAUAAUUUCCUGAUUAUAUUUUCCAUUUGUUUUCACUAAAAAGUUUAAGGAGGAAUUUAUCAGUUUGUUCACUAGAUUAUCUCAGGUGCCUAGAAAAGUGGCUGACAAAUUUCAAAUAAACAA